UAUGGUAUGCUGUUUGAUCAAUACUGGAUUAUUAAACGGUUUAUGAGUUUACUUAUGUGCGACAGAUACUUAUGGCUUUUGCAAGAAUGGGACCAAGUUGAACGUUUUAAAUACAGUAUAUAAUAAGCUGUGCAAUUAAGUGCAAUGCAAAUUAUGGCGAAAGGAAACGUGAAACGUCGUAAGAUAUAUAUGUCACAUAAGUUUAACGGUUAGGCAGUAAUUAAUAAUUUUUUGAUGAUGCAUUAGCGAGCUAUACUUGCACUGUAUGCAGCAGCAACAAUUAUUUCAGAUUGCCCAAGGCUCAGAAAGCUAAUCUGUUUGUAAGUGUUCAUUAAUUAAUAGAGUAUACUUAAGAUUACAAUAUAGAUGACAUGGUUCUUUCUAAAUUUAUUAAUAUUUUAUAUUUCUUCCAGAGAACAUUUGAACAUCCUGAAAUAGGAAAUAACGAGAAAUUUCAAGAUUAUAAGGAUGAUCUUUUAAAAAGAUAUAAGUUAUGUGCGUGCAGUUAUUCUUUAAAUCUUGGAAGAAUGGCUGUAGAAGGUAAAACGAUCGAAAUUAUUGGCGGAGAUACGUACAGGCAUUUUCGAAGAUCGAUGGUACCUUUUACUACCAUACCGAAAGUACAAACCGCGGACAUCCCACGCUGUUUGGAGCGCAAGGCUCUAAGCGGAAUUCUGCAAACUGUACAAAGACGAUGUUACACCGCACUCCCUAAAUCAGAGCCCUACAAAAAUGCAGAAACCCAGACGGAUUACAGAGAGAGCGAGGCGCAAACCGAACCUUGGGAGCCACCAUGUAAAAUUGUUCCAGGUCACAAUCCUGAAGUGCUGGCGUUAGCUCAUCUAACUUGGGAGCAUGGACUACCCGCAGGCGUCCAUGAGGUGCACCUUAUCAACAGGAUGCGGAUGAAGAAAGCUUGGGAAGCCGUAUUACCGCCGAUGGAUACGCCGGCCAACAUAAAGAUGCGAGAUUCAAUAAUAACGACCUUGGAGAUAGACGAAUGGGCAUUUCGAGAGUCGGAGAUUCAACUCAUAAUGGAUUUACGUCUGGAUCUGAUGAGCGACCUCCUGCAGAGUCGUGAGUCGGAAUACGAGAAAAAAAUGCAGGGUCGUUUCAGCAGGCUGGAGAACAAACUGAGCAAAUGUCGGGACAACCAAAUUAAGACUAUCAGGCAUAAUCUUAAACGAGAUUUGCGAAAAUUACGUAGGAAACGUCGCGACGAGCAGCAACCUCGUAAACCCGACAUAAUUGAACGGCAUAUCGACCCGAAAUCUGACCUGUACGCACCGCAAAUGCGUUUCGGCGAACAUCCCCAAAGGCGGCACGAAAUCUUGCAGAAGCGGUUCUUAAGCGAAAGCCACAUUGAGCAACAAGAAGAAGACGCAACACUCAGUUGGUUACCAACUAUCGAGGAACCGAAAGCGAUUAAACAUGGGCCCAAACCGAUAGACAUCUGUGUACGAGAAACCAGAUGGACGGAGGAAAAACUGAAGCAACUACACUCCGACCUGAAGGCCAUUCGAAUGAAAGUCAAAUCCGUGGAUGAGAGUCCAAGAUUAGUGAGGCGUAAUCACGAACUGCCGGCUUUGCCCGUCACACCGCGUAGAUCGGGCACAUGGGACAAUAAGCAGAAACAACGGGAAGAGUCUGCUACGUUUAUUCAGAAGCUUGUUAAAGGCAGAGCGAUACAGUGUAUGAUGUACAAAGGACGCGAUAGAUGCAGAGAGCUGAUCGAAGAAUUGGAAUCGACUCAAGCGUCCGAGCAGGAAGAUCAUGAUGAUGAAAAGACACACAUGAUAAAUUUGCGGCAACUACAGAACGAUCAAUCGGUACAGGAAGAUCGUUUGUGUGAGAUUCUCGAUUCCUUAGAGGGGAAGACAGUCUGUGGGACGUUAGAUUUUCUCAGUAAGGAGUUAGUGAGAUUAGAGGACGAACGUAGAGCUCACGCUUUUGCCUUGCUUGCCGAAAGAGAAAGAUGUAUGAGAGAGGCCGCUGAAGCUGGCAGGCGACAAGCGGAACGUAAUCGACGACGUGAAUUCGAUGAAAUGUUCAAGCAAAUCGUGAAAGUAAAUCAGGACUCUGUAGAAACUUACUUGGAGGACAUUGUGAGGGAUGAAAUCGAUUGGAUAUCUGAUAAAGCGGCUAAAGAACGUAUCUUAGAAGUUU